AUGGCCGAUACCGCUCCUGGCGUUGUGACACCCGACCUGCUGAAGGGGAAGCUGGUUGAGCAGCUGCAGGCGCAACAUGUUGAGAUUGAGGAUUUAUCGGGAGGCUGCGGACAAGCGUUCCAGGCUGUCAUUGUCUCGCCACAGUUCGAUAAGAAGACCAUGCUUGCUCGUCAUCGGUUGGUGAACUCGGUUUUGAAGGCGGAGAUUGCGGCUAUUCACGCGUGGACGCCCAAGUGCUAUACACCUGAGCAGUGGGCGCAGCAGCAGGGGUCUGCUUAG